AUGUCUCUUUUUAUUUGGGUGCACUAUCAGGCAUUCAAAUUGAAAGUCUAUAACAGCAGAGAGCAAACCCGAACACCACAGCUAACCAAGAAGCAAUCCGCAAUUGGAACACUGCAGUAUAUUCUUGCCCAUUUCUUCGAUACCCAAGAGAUCGAUUUUGAGGGCCCCAGACGUCGAUCCUAUCCGACACCAUCCUUCACUGUUCAGGAGACCAACAAUAGUCUAGACAUUGGCAUUACCUCUGGACAGACUUUUGACUCUUGA